AUGGAUGAAUUUCUAAAUGAUGUCAUAGAAAUCAUUAGAGAAGACCAGAAUGUUUUGCCGAAUAACAAUAAUAAUCAAGAAACAUUGUGCACCGAUGAAUAUGAUGAUUAUUUAUCAAAAACUGAUCCCAACUUGAAUGAACCGGAUUUCACUAAAGGAAUCAACGAAUCUGAUGAUGUUUUGCCUGUUGAGCCAAUGAAAAUCACACCAAAUAACUGUAAUGAUAGAAAAUAUUCGAUUUCGGAUGAUUUUGGAGGAAUGGAUUUGACAUAUAAUAAUGAAAAUGUUCCGGAAGAUGAAUUGGGAGUUGAGAUAUCUCCAGAGCCUCGAAAUAUUAACGAAAGAAAGGGGAGAACUUCGAAAUUUGAAAUGAGAAAACUGUCAGAUGCGCAGAAGAUAGAAAUGAUAAAAUCUCGCCAAAGAAGCGCGACAAAUCGAAGUUACGAGAAAAAGAAAACAAAGUUAUUGCAAAUCAAUGAAAAUUUGAUGAAACUUCGAGGAAAUGUGGAGGAGAAGAAGGUUAAAAUGAGGGAUGUUGAUAUGAAUUUGAAUAACUCUUUGGUUAUGAUUCGCGAAAGAAUUGGGAAAGAAAUGCCAGAAGUUUGGAGAGAUUUGAAAUAUUAUAAAAUGAAUUAUGAGAAAUGUUUGAGAGAUAUCGAAGAUGAUGAGAAUAUUAUGGAUUUGGAAAGAGAUUUGAAGAAUGCUGAAAGACGAUUUUUGGAAGCCAUGGGGGAUUUUGAGCUGAAAAUCGUGAGUUUUUUGUUUAAAAUUUGAAAAUUUCUGUUUUUUUAGCUGGAAAAAAUGAAAAAUUCAGAUUUUUUUGCCGAGAAUUGUUAUAAAAAUUGAAUAUCUUUCAAAAAAAAAUCUAAAAGUACAUUUUCACGUGAACUAUAACGUGGCAAUUAACAUUUUUUUUCCAGAAAAAUCAAAACACAUACGGCUCCAAGAAAUGUCGCACCAAAUCCAAAAAAGAUGAAGCUGAAAGUCUGUUGAACAUCAAAAAACUUGAAUUGGUCAGUUUUCUUCAUUUUUUUUUCAAAAAUAAAGAAAAAACUAUUUUUCCAGGAAUUCGAAGCAACUUCCAAAUAUCUGGAAAAUCUGGAUAUUGUCAAAAAUCAAGUUUUCAACGAUUUUUCGGAGGUUCGAAACUUGAUGAAUUUGACUGAAAUGUAUAAUUUGAACCCGGAAAUUCGAGAGAUUUUUGAAGAUUUGUUGAGUUUUUACAAUUUACCGAACCCUGCUCCUAUUUAA